GUCAUUAGUUGUCAUGUAAUCUUUGUCGCACGUAAAUUCUACUUCCUUAUAGUUAUGAUCAAUAAAUUGGUCCUUCUUUCUAAUUGAAAAUUUGAAGUGCAAAAGAAAGACAUAACCAACACAAUGCAUUGUUUGUUGUUAUCAUUUCCAGCUCAGGGUCACAUUAGUCCCAUGCUACAAUUCUCUAAGCUUUUAAAAUACCAAGGAGUGAAGGUAACACUAGUCACAACUUUUUUCUUCGCCAAGAACUUGCAAAAACUACCACCCUCCAUUACACUCGAAACCAUUUCUGAUGGUUUCGACAACGGAGGGAUUGGGGAAGCAAAAAAUUUUAAGUUUUAUUUAGAUCACUUUUGGCAAGUAGGUCCACAAAAUCUUGAAAAGCUUAUUGAGAAGCUUGGUACAACAAAUUGCCCUAUUGAUUGUGUUAUUUAUGAUUCAUUUUAUCCUUGGGCUCUUGAUGUUGCUAAGAGAUUUGGAAUUGUUGGUGUUGCUUUUCUCACUCAAAAUAUUGGUAUUCAUAGUAUAUACUAUCAUGCUUAUAUGGGAAAGUUAAGAGUUCCACUUGAUGUGAAAGAGAAUAUUUCACUUCCUAUGCUUCCUCAACUACAAUAUAGGGACAUGCCUUCUUUCUUUCAUACCUAUGAAAAAGAUCCAACUUUUCUUCAUCUUUGUUUGGAUCAGUUUUCUAACAUGGAUAAAGCUGAUUGGAUCCUUUGCAAUUCCUUCUACGAGCUUCACCAAGAGGUGGCUGAUUGGACAAUGAAUAUUUGGCCCAACUUUAGAACCAUAGGGCCUUCCAUACCAUCCAUGUUCUUAGACAAAAGAAUUAAAUAUGAUGAAGAUUAUGGUGCCCCACAAUUCAAAAGUGAAGAAUAUUGCAUGGAAUGGCUAAAUGAUAAGCCAAAAGGGUCAGUGGUUUAUGUUUCUUUUGGUAGUUUGGCAUCACUCAAUGAGGAACAAAUAGAGGAAGUAGCUUGUGGUUUGAAAGAUUGUGAAAAUUACUUCUUAUGGGUAGUUAUUCCCUCUCAAGAGACCAAACUCCCCAAAUAUUUUGAAAAGAAAUCACAAAAGGGUUUGGUUGUGACAUGGUGCUCCCAAUUAAAAGUUCUAGCACAUGAAGCUAUAGGAUGCUUUGUAACACAUUGUGGUUGGAAUUCAACAUUGGAAGCUAUAAGCUUAGGAGUUCCAAUUGUUGCAAUGCCACAAUGGUCAGACCAAACCACCAAUGCAAAGUUUAUUGUUGAUGUUUGGAAAAUUGGAAUUAGGGCUCCUAUUGAUGAGAAACAAAUUGUGAGGAAAGAUAAAUUGAAGGAUUGUAUAUUGGAAAUAAUGGAGGGUGAGAAAGGCAAAGAGAUUAAGAACAAUGCCACACAAUGGAAGAGUUUGGCUGUUCGAGCUUUUGAUGAGGAAGGAAGUUCUCAAAAAAACAUUAUGGAGUUUGUUACUAGCUUGUUUCAUUUACAAGCAAUAGAUAAAUAACCACAAAUUAAUUCUUGAUUUACUCAAUUUAUAUUUGGAUUCUCGUGAACAUCUCACUUUAAAUAAUAAAGUGAAUAAUAUUAAUUAUUGAUAAUCAAAUUAAUAAUUGAUAAUAUGUUCACAUGAAUGACCGGUUAAAAUAUCAAUUAAUUGAUUUAUUCACGUUAGCAACUUUUACUUUAGAGAAGUUAAAUUCACUUAAUA